CGUUAGAAAAUGAUUUAAAAAAUAUUAUAAGGAUAUUGUUUUUCGGAUAACUGUGUAAAAUAUUGAUAAACGUUUGUUUGCUUUUCGGUUUCUAAGCAACAUAUAUAGUAUCUAACUACUCCUGUUUGUCAAAACAUGUAGUAAAUUUUUUCAUCAAUAUAUUCUACGAAUGUUAAUUAAAGGUGUUGGAAAUAUAAUUAAAUUCUCGCCUACUGCUAUGCUUUCUACAGAAGCCAAUCAUGAUUACGAUGUUCAACCAACUUUCGAAGAGCAACAAGCUAAAUUACGAAAGAUCGAGGAGCUUACGAAUAUGUUAAAGGACAUGGAUAAGAACUUAACAGUAUGCGAGGAAAUACUAACGACUUAUUUAAGGAAACGAUUAAAGGAUUAGCACAAAUAUUUGGAUACAACGUGGCCCCGAUACAAUUGUCAACGCUACCAAAUCCAAUUGGAACUGACAAUAAUGCAGGUGCAUCUGGGAACAAUCAGAGUCCUUCUAUGCAACCACCGAUGCAACCACCGAUGCAACCACCGAUGCAACCACCGAUGCAACCACUGAUGCAACCAUCGAUGCAACCACUAAUGCAACCACCGAUGCAACCACCAAUGCAGCAAAGUUCGUCAUCUCAAAUGAUGCCAAUGUCGACAACCCCAGCACAACCAAGACAAAGAGAAACAAUAAGAUUUACCGGUGUUGUUAAUUUUGGGAAUAGAUCCGACGUGAUUGGGCAUUUGCAACAAUACGAAAGAAUAUUUCAUGGUGAUCAAACAGCAUCUGCUGCACCAUCAUCACCAUCACCGUCGUCAUUAUCAUCAUCGAUGCCACCACCUGUAUCAACAACUCCAGCAUCAUUCAGUACAAUGUCAUCGUUUGAUAUAAGGGAUUCCUUAAAAUAUAGGCCACCAUUGUUGACUCCUUUUUUAGUAAAAAUCCCUUUACCGAUAGCACCUAAUCUUCCACCACCAAUAUCUUCAACAAUGAUAAACAAUUCUCCUAAAAUGAAUAUUAUUAAUGUCCCACGUAAAAAGGAACAAGAAAUUGUUUAUAGGAAGAAUGAGAAUAUUGAAAAUUAUAGCGUCGAAAAUAAAGAAAUUCAAAGCGAGAAGGAUGUUGCCAGACCGGAAAGUAAAUUUCAACAUAAUAUUUAUAUCGAUGAACCAUAUUGGAAAAAGUUGCACGAGGCAAGGAUUGCUCAAUUGGAACGCCAACAGGAAGAAUAUGCUGAAAGAUUGAAGGAACGUGAAAGAGAACGAAAUCAUAGUUAUCAUCCUAAACAGGAAGAAAUAAUAAAUCCACAAAAGGAAGAAGGGGAAGGAGAGGAAGAAGAAGAAGAGGAAGAAGAAGAAGAAAAACAACAAAAUCAUAAUUAUCAGGAAGAGGAUCAUUCCGAGCAAGAAGAACAAUCGAAAAAUCGCGAAAAAGAAGAUAAUGAUCGAGAAGAAGUACAUCCAGAAAAUAUUAAAGAAGAAAGGCACGAAAGUAACGACGAGGAAUCCGAAAAUUCAGGUGAACGAUACGAAGAACAUCCAGGAUAUCCACGAGGAGGUCCUGCGAAUGAAAAACAACGAUUACAAAAUACCGGAAAUGACAAAGAUUACGAGAAUGAUUCUUAUAAAAAUUAUGAAAGAGAAGAAAAUAUCAAAGAACCAUUACCUAUAAGUGAUUAUUACGAACAAGAGAAACCACCCCAACAAUUACGCGACAGUUACGGUGAAAUUUUAGAUAAUCGUGCAUUGGUGGACGAAAGAAUCGCUAAUUAUUUCGACAAGAAUAAGAAUCAACAAAAUGACGAUAAGGAUUCUAAUAAAAAUUCAGAAUCAAUCAACAAAUCCGAGGAAAAGUCUGAGGAACGAUACGAGUUGAUAAAAAUUGAACGGAACAACGAAGAUCCUUACAAACAAAUUCGAGAAGAAUAUGCUAUAACACCAUUGGAAAAUAAAUACGAAGAAUUUAAUUUAGAAACUACCGAUAGAUCGGAAUUAGAGAAUAUCAAUGUGUCGGAUAAUCCAAAUAACGAUAAUGAUCGAUACGAUCAAACUACUACGAAUACAAAUGAUCGAAUUGAGGAUAGCGAGUCUAAUUUAUUCGUAGAUAAAACUAAACAAAUUAAUUCGAACGAAUUAAUAUCUAAAAAGGUAAGUAGUAACAUUCGUAAUAAUAAUAAUAAUAAUAAUAAUCCGAUAAAAAAUAAAACGUUUGACGAGUUUGCUUUUGUUAAACACUCGCCGUACAUUUUACCAAUUCGUUAUGUUAAUGGGCCAGACGAACUCGAAGAAGCUAGAGCACGUCGUUUUCAUUCCGAAAAAAUCAAGAAAGCUAAUCAUUCAAGAAGUAUCAUCGAAGAAAAAAGAUUACCAAGAAAAAAACCAAAAGUGGAAGACUUAACUCCGAAAAUUGGGCUUCCGGAAAGAUUGACUGCGAAAAAAUUGCACGAAGGUGAAACUAAAGAAGUUCAAAUUUGGCCGGCACCGUUUGAUUUUAUUUUUGAUAGUACGGAACAAACUAACGUGAUCGUUCCUAUUAAUGAUCAUGAUCGUUUAAAAGAAAAUUUCUAUCGUUCAACUGUUACUCCUACUCGUCGUAAAAUUGUUUAUCAGAAUAAUGCUAAUAAUUUAGGAUAUUUCACAACAUCUGUACCGGCGCACUACGAAAUUUAUCACCAAUCUAUUUUACCUUAAUAAACAAAUGUUUAGAUCGUUUAUGGGUUUUAUUGUAAUCUAGAGAAAUGAGAUAUAUAUAUAUGUUAAAAUAAAAAUUAAUGUAAUAAACUUUAUGCUUUUUCUUUUGAUUGCUCGUAUUUUGUUUGUUUAAUGUUGAACAUAUUAUAAUUAUUAUAUACGUUACGUUGUAUAAAAUGUGAUUAUAUAGAUUGUUUUAAAUAAAUC